AUGAGUGAGGAUGAUCCACCUGCGAAACGAAUGAAAAUAGGUGACCCUAUAUCAGACGACACAGAUAUCAACAAUGAUGAGUUUAGUAAGAAACAAACAGAUCAAGCAUGCAAUCCAAAGUAUAACAACUUUGUGACUGCAGAGGAGCUUGAGAAACUAAAGGAAUUCAAAGUUUUGGAUGAGGUUAAAUCAAACGAUGAAGACAGCAAUGAUGAGUCUGACAGCUCUGAUGGGAAAUCAGAGGUGCCUGAAGAAGAAAUUGAAAAAAUGUUGGAGGAGGACCUGCCAGAAGGUUUUAAGGGCCCACCUCAACCGAAGGAAAAGCCUUAUGUGACUAGGCAGAAAAUAGUACUUGAAGAGAAGGGUGUUAACCACUGGGAAGUGCUGCCGCUGGACUGGAUGAUGGUGCGACACUACAGCGGUAUGCCGGUGUACAUGCAUCGCUCCACAAGGGUGUGCACGCUAUCUAAGCCGUACUUCCUGGGCACGGGCAACACGAGGCGUCAUGAUAUACCUAUAAGCGCAAUUCCUUGUUUGGCAUACCGAAGAGCACUAGAAGAAGAAAAGAAGCAACAAGAAAUCGAUAGGAAAAUCGAAGAACAGAUAAAAAACGGCACAUGGGCUAACAACUUAACCAAUAUUAAUCAAUCUAAUGUUAAAAGCGAAAAUAUUCCAGCUAAUGAUAACAAUGAGAUGAACAAAAGUCUUGAUAUAAGUGACAGUGCAUCCCAUAUAAUUAAGACUGCAGAAACGCCUACUGAUGACAAUGCUGAAAAUGCAAUUUGUAAUGGUACACUUGACACUUCUGACAUUGAGGAAAACAAGGUCACUUCAAUCAUAGAUAUAUCUGAAGAGACAAAUAAUGACAAAACUAUAUGCAAAUCUAAUAUAGACACUAAAACUUCAUCUAACUGUCCAUUUAAGGAUGAAAAAGACAAACUUAAUACUGAAAUUAGGCCUGAAUUAGUUUGUCCUGUUACAGGCAAACAUGCUCACAGUAUCAAAGAUAGAGUACCAAAAAUUGAUGAAAUAGAUGCAGAAUCAAACAUAAAUGCAAGGGAUAAUAUUGGCGACAUUACACAAGUAAACGGUAAUGUAGGAAAUUGUGAUAACAAUGAAGAUGCAGAUCUGAAGACAACUGUAGGAGAGAGCAACGUUAUUGGCGAGAAUGUUCAAGGCACUACAGAAGAGAAGAACACAGCAGAAGGUUCUACUGAAGUAAACGAAGGUGACAAUGAAAAAUCCAAUGAUGACAUACAGAUACCGAAGUACAGACAGCCUGUAAUAUUUCCGGGUGGGAUAGUGAUGCCACCGCCCACUGUAGAAACUAUUAACAACAGCUGGAAAACCCAGCACCUGUCGCACGAGCAAGUCAACGACUAUUGUAAAAAGCUGUUUAUAUUCAAGACUAUCAAUAUAAUGCAUUUCAACCGAUGGGCGGACAGACGCAAGUACAACAAAGCCCGCAAGACGCUGCAGUACCCCACGCUGCCCGACGGCACCAAGCUCAUCACCAUACCCGCCAGGCAGAGCGCUCAGGAUAACGGUAAUGCAACUGGCGGAAAGCCAAUGAAACGCGACUGGGUGAUGAAUAUGGACGGACGCAGCUACCUGUCUGUGUUCCACGAGUACGUGCGUCGAGCGCUGCAGAAACAGCCCGUCUACGAGUUUGUGCAGCUCGAGAACGCCGCGACCCCGUAUCAGGCGACGGUAUACAUCGGCGGCAUGCAGUACGGCGUGGGGCGCGGCUCCUCCAAGCGGCAGGCCAAGUCUGCGGCCGCCAGGAGCUCCAUACACAUCCUCAUACCCGAGAUGAAGGACGACCGCCCCAAGCAGAGCGACGAGCCAGACUUCUCUUGUAGCUUCUUCGACUACGUGGGCAUCGAGGACCCCCGCAUCUCCGAGUUCUGCGCGGCCACCUGCGAGCCCUCGCCUCAUGCAAUCCUGCGCACCUGCCUGCUGAGGAACUUCGGUGCCAGCGACCGACACAUACAUACUGAGAUGAAGAAGCUGGAGUUCCAGAAGAUUGAGUUGACCAUGAAGGUGGGCAAGCACUCCGCCACCGUCGUCUGCAAGAACAAGAAGACAGCCAAGCAGCGCGCCUCGCAGGCAAUAUUACAGGCGCUCCAUCCCCACGUGCGGUCAUGGGGCUCCCUUCUCCGCCUGUACGGGUCGCGAUCCGUCAAGAGUUCCAAAGAGAAGAAGUUGGAAGAACAACAGAUUACUCUCCUUCAAGACAGAGCCCGCCAUAACCAACCCAAUAAGGCCGUGCUUGAUAAACUGCGGGCGGAUAUGGUGCGGCUGCGGGACAGAGACGCCGCCUGCGCGCCUAUAGGCACUUUACUUCUGGAGGAAGAUCUGCCCACCCAUUCGGGCUCCAAUUUGAAUAACGUAGAUCUGUGA